UCCCGCGUUUUACGUUAUGAAAUCGAUGUGGAAGAUGUCUAAAAGAAAGUUUAAAACUUCGUCCAUUGAUAAAUCUGAGAAUGGUUCUCCUUCUGUUCAUGACUUCUCGGAAGCUGAAAAGAUUAAGUUCCGAUGUUUGCUGCUGGAGUGGUAUGAUGAAAAGAAACGUGAUUUACCCUGGAGAAAACAGGCUCUCAACCCAGACAUCAACCAAAGGGCCUAUGCUGUUUGGGUGUCAGAAGUUAUGUUGCAGCAAACCCAGGUUGCAACAGUGAUCAACUACUACAACACAUGGAUGGAAAAAUGGCCCAAGCUCCAGGACCUGGCCAAAGUGAACUUAGAGGAAGUGAAUGAGUUAUGGUCAGGCCUGGGGUACUACUCAAGGGGACGCAGACUCCAUGAAGGGGCCAAAAAGGUUGUGGAGGAGUUGGGAGGUGAGAUGCCAAAAACAGCAGAUGACCUUCAGAGGCUGCUGCCAGGGGUCGGUCGAUACACUGCAGGGGCCAUAGCUUCAAUAGCCUAUAAUCAGGUUACUGGGCUUGUGGAUGGAAAUGUGAUCCGUGUGUUGUGUCGAAUGAGGAUUAUGGGAGGAGACAGCACUGGACAAGCAGUACAGGAUAAACUGUGGUCCCAUGCCAACAGUGUAGUGGACCCUGAGCGAGCAGGUGACUUUAAUCAAGGAAUGAUGGAACUAGGAGCAAUCAUAUGCACCCCAAAGUCACCGUCUUGUGACAACUGCCCAGUCAAAGAGAUUUGUCUCGCUUACACAAAGGUGGAACAGGAAAAGCAGAAGUCCGCCAGGAAGAUUCUCACCAACAAAAAUAACGUGAUAACAGAUAUAGAAUGUUUGGCCGACACCUGUCCACUUUGUUUCCAACAUGAGGACUCAUGGGAGCCAAGCAAUGGCGUUGAAAAUUAUCCCAGAAAAGGAAAAAAGAAGGCACCAAGAGAGGAACGGACAGAUGUAUGUAUUGUAUGUCGAAAAAGACAUGAGAGUAAGGAUGAGUACCUCAUUGUACAGCGCCCCCACAAAGGGUUACUGGCGGGAAUGUGGGAGUUUCCAUCACUUCUACAGGAAGGAAAAUGUGAGAAUCCUGCCGAGGCAAUUCUAGAUAAGGCUUGUAGAGCCUUGUUACAAACCACAGGAAAGAGACAACAUAUUGGAGAGGUGGUCCAUAUUUUCUCCCACAUUCACCAAACCUACGUUGUCCAGACUAUUAUAGUAGAGGGAGGGGAGGUCACUCUAGAGGCAGAGCAACCACCAAGUCGCUGGGUCUCCAAAGAAGAGUUUUUAGAAUGUGCUGUAUCUACAGGGAUGAAGAAGGUCUUCAAGGCAUUUGAAUCGGCGUUAUCUUCUAAGUCCAGCACUCAAAAGAAUAAGAAAAGUUCCAGUAAAUCAGACAACAAACAGAGAUCUAUAAAUUGUUUCUUUAAACCAAAAUCUUCAUGAUACAUACAGAGUAAUUUAGUAGAUGUGUAAAUAAGACUCAUCACAAUGUUAUAAUGUGUACGUGUUCAUCACAAUGUUAUAAUGUGUAUGUGUUCAUCACAAUGUUAUAAUGUGUAAGUGUUCAUCACAAUGUUAUAAUGUGUAAGUGUUCAUCACAAUGUUAUAAUGUGUAUGUGUUCAUCACAAUGUUAUAAUGUGUACAUGUUCAUCACAAUGUUACAAUGUGUACAUGUUCAUCACAAUGUUAUAAUGUGUACAUGUUCAUCACAAUAUUUUAUAAUGUGUAUGUGUUCAUCACAAUGUGUUACAAUGUAUACAUGUUCAUCACAAUAUGUUAUGUGUACAUGUUCAUCACAAUAUCUUAUGAUGUGUACAUGUUCAUCACAAUAUGUUAUGAUGUAUACAUGUUCAUCACACUGUUAUGAUGUGUACAUGUUCAUCACAAUAUGUUAUGUGUACAUGUUCAUCACAAUGUGUUAUAAUGUGUAUGUGUUCAUCACAAUAUGUAAUGAUGUGUAUGUGUUCAUCACAAUGUGUUAUGAUGUGUAUGUGUUCAUCACAAUAUGCUAUGAUGUGUAUGUGUUCAUCACAAUGUGUUAUGAUGUGUAUGUGUUCAUCACAAUGUGUUAUAAUGUGUACAUGUUCAUCACAAUAUUUUAUGUGUAUGUGUUCAUCACAAUGUGUUAUAAUGUGUACAUGUUCAUCACAAUAUGUUAUGUGUAUGUGUUCAUCACAAUAUGUUAUAAUGUGUAUGUGUUCAUCACAAUAUGUUAUAAUGUGUAUGUGUUCAUCACAAUAUGUUAUAAUGUGUAUGUGUUCAUCACAAUGUGUUAUGAUGUGUAUGUGUUCAUCACAAUGUGUUAUAAUGUGUAUGUGUUCAUCACAAUGUUAUAAUGUGUACAUGUUCAUCGCAAUAUGUUAUGUGUACAUGUUCAUCACAAUAUGUUAUGUGUAUGUGUUCAUCACAAUGUGUUAUGAUGUGUAUGUGUUCAUCACAAUAUGUUAUGAUGUGUACAUGUUCAUCACAAUGUGUUAUAAUGUGUAUGUGUUCAUCACAAUAUGUUAUAAUGUGUAUGUGUUCAUCACAAUGUGUUAUGAUGUGUACAUGUUCAUCACAAUAUGUUAUGUGUAUGUGUUCAUCACAAUGUGUUAUGAUGUGUAUGUGUUCAUCACAAUAUGUUAUGUGUACAUGUUCAUCACAAUGUGUUAUAAUGUGUAUGUGUUCAUCACAAUAUGUUAUAAUGUGUAUAUGUUCAUCACAAUGUGUUAUGAUGUGUACAUGUUCAUCACAAUGUUAUAAUGUGUAUGUGUUUAUCACAAUGUGUUAUGAUGUGUAUGUGUUCAUCACAAUGUGUU